GACAAGUUAUUGAUAUCAAACCAUUCUUUUAACAUGAUCAACUCCUUUUCUACAGUUGUCAACAAUUCUUUAAUGUCUGGUCCUGAACAAAAUAAAUUUGUAUCAUCAGCAAAUGUAAUAAAUUUCAACUUAUUAAAUACAGUGCAAAUAUCAUUCGAAUAAAGUAUAAAUAGCUUAGGUCCCAAUACCGAACCUUGGGGAACACCACAAGUUACUUUUCUAAAAUGUGACGCAGUAUUAUUAAUUUUUACAUACUGAAAUCUAUUAUUUAAAUAACUUCUUAUCCAAUUUAGUGUAACACCUCUUACGCCAUAACGCUCCAAUUUCUGCAGAAGUAAGGAAUGAGUAAUUGUGUCAAACGCUUUACAUAAAUCAACAAAAACACCUACAGCAUAUUGUUUCUUAUCCAUAGCUGUUGCAAUAUUUUCUACAAAUUCCAUCACUGCUAAAGAUGUUGAUCGGUUGCUCCUAAACCCAUACUGAUGGUCACUCAAUAACUCAUAUUUAUCCAUAAAAUCAUCCAGUCUAUUUACAAACUUACAAAUCUACAAACAAUUUUUAAGUAUUUUUGAAAACUGAGGUAGCAAUGACACAGGUCUAUAAUUUGAUAUAAUGUGUUUGUCACCAUUUUUAUAAAUUGGAACCACCUUAGCCAGUUGUUACAGUUUCAUCUUAUCCGGAAAAAUACCUGUUUGAAAGGAUUUAUUACAUAUAUAAGUAAAUGGUUUGAGGACAAUUCCGCCAAAGAACAUUGAAUUGUUACUGUUGACUGUAAAAUCAUAAUUAUGGUCUACAUUUCUAAUUUCCCUUGCUAAAUUUGGGCCCACAUUAACAAAAAAAAAAAAACAACUCAUUAGCAAUUUCCUCUGCAUUUUCAAUAAUUGGAUUGUCAUCAUGACAUAAUGACACUAUGUCACCAUGACAUAAUAACACUAUGACACCAUGUCACCAUGACAUAAUAACACUAUGACACCAUGUCACCAUGACAUAAUAACACUAUGACAACCUGACAUAAUGACACUAUGUCACCAUGACAUAAUAACACUAUGACAACCUGACAUAAUGACACUAUGUCACCAUGACAUAAUGACACUAUGACACCAUGUCACCAUGACAUUGUGUCACCACGUCACUAUGACAUCACGUUAUCAUGAAACUAUGUCACUAUGACACCAUGUCAGCUCUGAUAUUGAAUGAGUCAAACUUUAUUAGUCUGUGUGAGAGAAGACACUGUUACUGUUAAUAUUACUACUGCUGAUAGUAUCAGUGGUUCAACUUUUACAGAAGUACUUCAGUGUUUCUUCUGACAAUAAUGAUACUGCAAUACUGGUUUUACUGGAACCACUGUUACCACUGUUGCUACUGUUACCACUGUUACAACUGUUACCACUGUUGCUACUGUUACUACUGCUUCAACUCACACUACUGAUGUACUGUUGUUGUUAUUGGUACUGAUACGACUUCUGAGAGUAACUAGUACAUUUGUUACUAACGUUACAUCUCAGUACUAAUUCUACCAGGUAACAUGAAGGGUCUCUUCAAGGUACAAUAAAGUUCCUUCUCAAGUACUCUGAGUACUGUGACGGUCAGUGAAGGCAGCAGUAUCACUGUGUUAUUAUCUGCAGUACUCAGUGCUCUGACGGUCAGUGAAGGCAGCAGUAUCACUGUGUUAUUAUCUGUAGUACUCAGUGCUCUGACAGUCAGUGAAGGCAGCAGUAUCAUGGUGUCUUUUUUAUUUUUUAGAAAGGAUUUAAAUCUGUUUUCUGAGCCAAGGCCGCAGCUUCCUUAGCAGAGGGCAGGGGAUGGGUGAACAAGUUUCACUUCCGGUUGCUGAGCACAUGAUGAGGCGUUCUUGGUCUUUGUGGUUUAGAUCAUCAGGUUUUUAUAAAUAACACCGUCACCUUGUGAAACAGGAAGUGGGGAGCAGUUCUUAUCUCUCUGUGAAAGAAGAAGUUUCAGAUGAGAGCUGCUGUGUGUCAGACGGUUCUCGUCUCUGAUCAUGGAUCUGGUUUGGACAAUCCUCCCAGUGUUCCUGCUGUGUGCCGAGGCCCAGAACCUCACCGUGGUUAAGGUGGAGCUGGGUCAGAACGCCACCCUUAACUGCUCUGUGAACGUCAUGACCAUCCACUGGUAUGUAGAGAUGCGCAGCCAGGUCAGAGGACUCAUUGCUGAAACCUUCACUCCAGAUCCCAACGACACUCUGUACCACAUUUACACCACGCUGAAAACCAAGUACAUCGCCAUGGGAAACAAACUACUGAUCACAAACAUCACAUCAGAGGAUCACCGCUUUUAUUUCUGCGCCACAAAGAAACAAAACAACGUUAUAUUCACAGAAACCUUCCACCUUGUCUCAGACGGAGUGGUGGUCAAAGACGACUGUGGAUCAGAGAAGCAGUGCAGCUGCAGUAUGUGGUGGUAUAAGCUUGUCGUCUACAGCUCCUUCAUCCUGAACGUCCUCCUCUUCCUCGUGCUAACAGGUGUGGUUUUUACCUCUGUGUGUUUGAAGAAGAAGAAGACGUGUAACUACCAGGUGACUGACUCGCCACGGUCAACCAAUCAGAGUGCAGAGACGCUGGAGAUGCCACAGUACGAGGAGAUCCAGCUCAGAGCGCCCCCACCUGCUGUGUCAUCAGAGUGUAUCUACUACAAAGCCCAGCUGCCUCAGUCCACACUGCCCCAGUACUGACACCUGGAACAUACCUGGACAGUAGCGCCUUCUAUGACUCACCUGUAGUGUUUCUGUUGGACAAGUGGACAUUGUGGACUUGAAGGUCCUGAACUGUUGAACGCACACACAGACUUUUCUGUCAGAGACACCUGUCAAGUCGCCUCGAUGAGCUGUGAUCUUUGUUGGACCACCUUAAAUCUGCUCAGGGACAGGGACAGGUUUAAGGUGGUCCAAGACUAAAGGUGAUGUCAUCAUGUUGUUUUAAUUCAUUAAAAAUUAGCUU